GUACAGAGAAGGUAAUUAGCGAAUUGAUUCCUGUACGUACACGGUGGGCAGGCGGUGAGAGCUGGAGAGGGACCAGACGCCACGAUAAGGGGACUUGGGGCCCAGACACACGCGCCUUUCUCAGCUGCGGCUGAGAUGCAAUGAACUAUUAACCGAAUACGCCCAUGAGCAUUUCUUUCCACGAGACCUGCGCCUUGAUCUUCCCUACCUUGAUUACUACAUACGAGAGACCACGUCCCGAGGACGAAUAGCCCUGCUUUUCGAAUCCACACCACGAUGCCUCAGACGACCACCCAACAGCCCAAGCAACAGCAGCCCAUGGGCGCGCAGGACCAGCGCACCGGCGUUGUGACGCGCCAGCCCAUGUCUGAACCGCGUCCCAAUGCUGAGAGCCAACCCGAGAUGUCGCUUCGCGGUGGAGGUCUGAACUGCGGAUUUGACUGCUGCGACGGAUCGUGCCGAUUCUACAAGAGCUGCUGCUGAGGUGUUUUCGAUUGAUUUAUCUUCGCACGCAAGCGAAAACACGACGAUAAUUACGAGCAAUGAUACCACAGGCGGAGGGGGGAAGUUAGAGUUGAGACAUUAUGCAGAGCGAGCGUGGAGACGAGCGCGCGAUUGCACGCACGUGGAGUGCCAAUUACUGCCUUACUAUGAGUUAAUCGACAGCUAAAAAACAAGCCCACGAGCCUUGUAAUUUCGAAGCAACCUGA